AACUCUGUGCUGGGGUCCAGACAGUUUAAGGUCUGGCUGGGCUCUAACUUUGCAUACUUACCAGAUCAUUCAAACUGCCCUCUUUCAGCCCCCAUGGCCACUACUAUCACAGACUCACAGAAGCCUUUCUCUUUGGACCCCUACCAUGUCUCUGAGGAAUUUGGCUUCAUCCUCCCUGCACCCCUGACAGAGUUGCCGCCAUACUACCAGCCCUGGAUGGACAUUGCCCAGCAUGUUACAGAGCUCAUUUACUCUCACAUGCUGCGCUCCCACAUUCUCAAGAUGCCCCUGCUGAACACCCAACUCCUGGAGAGCCACAGAGAGCUGCGUCUGGCCCACUUGGCCCUGAGUGUGAUGACCAUGGGUUACGUGUGGCAGGAGGGGGAGGAUGACACAGUCAAGAUGCUUCCCCGCAACCUGGCCAUUCCAUACUGUGAGGUGUCUCAGCGCCUAGGACUUCCUCCCAUCCUUACCCAUGCAGACGCAGUACUGGCUAACUGGAGGAAGAGGGAUCCACAGGGACUGUUUGACAUGGAGAACUUGGAACUGCUUGUCACGCUACCUGGUGGGGACAGUGUGAGAGGGUUCUUCAUGGUCACUCUGCUAGUGGAGCUGGCUGCAGUGCCAGCCAUUAAGAGUAUUCCUUUGGUUAUUAAUGGGGUCCAGUGCGGUGAUGCUGAGACUGUAACCAGAGCACUAGAGGAAUUCAGCCAGGCCAUACAGGGCAUGACAGAUGCACUUAAACUGAUGCAUGUGUAUGUCAAACCAGAAGUCUUCUAUGGCAUUAUGAGGAUCUAUCUGUCUGGGUGGAAAGACAACUCCUCCAUGCCAGCUGGGUUGGUGUAUGAGGGCGUCCAGGCAGAGCCUAUGGAGUAUUCUGGUGGGAGUGCUGCCCAGAGCAGUCUGCUGCACUGCUUUGAUGAGCUGCUGGGUGUCAAACAUGAAGCAAAGAGUGGUAUCCUAAAGACGUCAUUUCCAGUGAGGGUGAAUGUGCUAUCUACAUGUACAGGUGCCUUUCUGACCCGUAUGAGGAACUACAUGCCCCCUUCCCACAAGCGUCUGAUCCAGGACAUCUCUCUGCAGCCCUCCCUGCGAGGCUUUGUCCAGCAGCAGGCCUGUGAGCCGCUAACCGCAGCCUUCCAGCUCUGUGUGACCAAGCUGCUUGCCCUCCGCAGCUACCACAUCAACGUGGUCAGCCGCUUCAUCACUGUGCCCGCUGCCCGUGCCCGACAGCUCCGAAACCAGGGGAACAUUUCCCAGGAGGAGACUGUCAGCAGGGCGCCCACGGCACUGGAGGAGAAGGGCACCGGCGGCUCGGGCAUCAUGAGCUUCCUAAAGACUGUAAGGGACCGCACACGGACGUCUUUAAUCUAAACUAGAAUGUAAAAUAUGUAUCGGAUGACUAGUCCAGACCGACUGUGCUCAUACCACAGUCCCCAAUUCCUGCAUGAGAGUCAGACGCCUUGACUUUUUCUACAUUUUGGUAUGUUUAAGUAUUAUUCUAGAAUUGAUUAAAUAGCCUUAUGUUUUCA